AUGGCAGCAACAUCUCCAGACAUGGAAGCAGCAGGCAGGGCUGGCAGUCAAGGAGCUCGGUGGGGACAGCGCCCUCUUGUGCCUGGGGCCAGUGGAGAUGCUGACUUUCCAAGUGCCAUAAAGGACCACAGGAAAAGGCAGGAGGAGCCCGAGGAGAUGGAGCCUGAGGAGUUGUUGCUGGACUAUGAAGCAGAGCCCGUGCCUGAACAAGUAGAGCACUCGCUCCCGUUCUGCUCAGAGGCCCCCAAACACCCUGGAACUCUGAAACACUCUGAGCGUGAGCCUGUGGACCAGGCCACUGAGGACCAGCAGCUAGAAGCCAUCCAAGCUCACGUCAGAGAGAUGACGGAAGAAAUUGACAAGAUAAAGGAGAUGCAGAAAGAGCUGGCGCAGCUGAUGAAGAUGCACUCACCUGCAGGCAAUCAAGGCCAGGUGGUCCUGUCUCCUGAGGAGAAGAAGCAGGCUGAUGCCCGCUCGAUCUACGUUGGCAAUGUGGACUACGGAGCCUCAGCAGAAGAGCUGGAAGCACACUUUCUUGGCUGUGGGUCAAUCAACCGUGUCACCAUCCUCUCUGACAAAUUCAGUGGCCACCCCAAAGGGUUUGCAUACAUAGAGUUCUCAGACAAGGAGUCGGCGAAGAUUUCCUUGUCCUUAGAUGAGUCCCUUUUCAGAGGCAGACAAAUCAAGGUGAUCCCCAAACGAACCAACAGACCAGGCCUGAGCACCACAAAUCGGGGCUUCCCAAGAGCUCACUAUGGUGGCCGCUCCACCAACCACAGAUCAGACUCUCAGUCCCAUGGGCGUUUCCACCGCAGGCCUGGGGGCCCAGUCUACCGGGGGCGCCCUGUGCGCAGGGGUGGGUCGAGAGCCCCCUCGUGGUAUCCCCUUUACUAA